GUGUGCUGUUCCAAGCUGUGUUUAAAGAGCAUUCGCUUUUUAUACACAAAAGUGUAAUCCAAGCGGAUUUUCCUAAUGUCAAACUAAAUGAUCCUAUAAAACAUUCAUCAGCGCUCAGUCCCUCGUCUGCCCCAUAAAACAUUCAUCUUUGCCUUUUCUCCAUCUCUCUCCCUCCCUCUGCUCUGUCUCUCUCUUUUUGUCACACAGUACACACACGCCCUCGCUCGCUCUUGUUUGCUAUUCCAUCCCAUCUCUCGCUCUUUCUGUACAGCGCGUCUCCAUCUCAUUCACAGACAACUCGCGCUUUGGGAUAUCUGGACACACACCGGACACCCCGGUCCUGGGAUUGCUGGACCUCCUAAUCCUCCUCAGCACUGGAUUGGUUCGUGCUCCAUCGCGGCUGUGGCACUCCUCUGGGAUCGCUAGUCGUGUGUACCCUGUGUAUGCGUGUGCGUGUUGUUUUGAGUGCAUGCCCUGCCUAGAGAGGCUUCGCUGUCUGGAUGUUCAUAAGCCCUCUUCCAUUUUAUCCCCAAAUGACCGAGCGCAGCUCUCGCGGAGCCCUGGUGGUUCUCCAGUGGUCCUCAUUUGAUUUGGCUAAUUUGCUUUGCCCCUAACGGCUCAGCGGUGAUCGAACCUUACCUCGGAUGUUUAUUUUUACUCCACAUCCGUUUGGAACAGCAGAAGAAAUAAAGCAAAACAAACAAAGCUGCCUUUCUGGAUUAAAUCUGAGAAAAUAUGAAAAUGAAGACCAAGGUUGUGGAAGGCAUGUGGCUCCUCUUUCUGGUCAUUUGGCUAAACUCGGCAACUGGAACACAGGGCUGCCCAGCAACAUGCAUCUGCUACAGUGAACCUCUGCCCACUGUGGCCUGUCAGCAGCAGGGUCUACUCGCCAUCCCCACAGAGAUCCCAGGACGGAGCCAACGCAUCUUUCUGCAGCGCAACCGUUUGACGGUGGUCCGAUCUACCAGCUUCAGUUCUUGUCGCAACCUCACAGUGCUCUGGCUCUACUCCAACAACAUCAGCCACAUUGAGGCAGGUGCUUUUUAUGGCCUGGAGAGGCUGGAAGAGCUCGACAUUGGGGACAACGGUAACCUUCGGCUCAUAAGUCCUACUGCUUUCCGAGGGCUCUCCAGACUGCACACGUUGCACCUCCACAGAUGUGGGCUGUUUGAGCUCCCAGUUGGAGCUUUUCGGGGACUCUUCUCACUGCAAUAUCUGUACCUCCAGGACAACAACCUGCUUACAAUGCAUGAUGACACUUUUCUUGAUCUAGCCAACCUCACCUACCUUUUCCUACAUAACAACAAAAUAAAGACAAUAUCUGACCGUAUGUUACGUGGCCUGGUCAACCUCGACCGCUUGCUGGUGCAUCAAAAUCGCGUGAUGUUUGUUCACCAGAGGGCUUUUAACGACUUGGGCAAGCUGACCACCUUGUUCCUGUUCUACAACAAUUUAACAGUGCUCACAGGGGAAACCAUGGAACCGCUUGUGUCUCUGCAAUACCUGCGUCUCAAUGGGAACCAGUGGAUGUGUGACUGCAGGGCCCGGACUCUGUGGGAUUGGUUCAAACGGUUCAAAGGGUCCAGCUCUGAGAUUGAAUGUUACCUUCCUGAAAGGCUAGCAGGUAAGGACCUAAAAAGAUUAAAAAGCAGUGACCUGGAAGGGUGUGUUGAUGACACUUAUCAGGUCCACACCAGCAUUUUCAGCACAAAGACAGGUUCUGGAGAGUUCUACUCCACCGAGUCCCCUUUGAGGGAAGGCAUUCCCAGGUGUUGUCUUCUUGACAGUGACAAGUCCUCCAUUAUUUCCAACAGGGGACACCUGGAUCCCUCAUCCUACAACAGUCGGCAGAUUACCAACAACCCUCUGAAGGAGAAGGAGAACAUUUUGAAGACUAAGUUUCCAGAGGUGGACCCAACCAAGAACAGCACCCACAAUAAAUAUAGUUUGAAUGAUGGUCCAGUGGGGACCUUCUCCAACAAUCUUGACCAGUCUUUGGGUAAAUUAAAACCAGGCCUAACAGACAGCCUAGAACCCUCAACAGCUCCACCGAGAAAGAAAAAAAGGUGUUCCAAAAAGCCAAAAUCAGAUCCUCAGUGUCUGAAAGGAAAAGGAUCUUCAACUCAAGCCCUCAGUCUUCUUGUCCUGCCAGUCUUCUGGUUGUUCUUGGUGAUGUGCUAAUCAGAGAAAGCUCCUCUCUGACCAUAUUGCUAAUGACAAUGUCAUAGAAUCCUUGGAAACCUCUACAGAGAAAGGGGCAUGUGGUUGAAGGAAAACAGAAGAGCAGGAAAAAAGUGAAAACUAAAGACAAAAACUACAUUUAUAAUGGAUGCCUUUAUAUAAUACAUGCGGUGGCGCAGUGGCGCAGUGGGUUGGACCGCAGUCCUGCUC